AGCAAAGAGCGGACGCGGCGCCGCCGCCAUUGCACAGGUUCCGCUCCCACCGCCGCCAUUCGCUGCCCGGUCCAGCCAUGUACCGGCCGGGAUUCCGCGCACCGACACCUCCCUACGCGGGCGGCGGCUUCCGGAGCCCUCCCUCCGGCGGAGGACCCUUGCCGCCCUCUCCGCGGGGCUACGGGAGCCCCCACCACACACCGCCCUACGGCCACCGGCCCGGGCCGUACGGCAGCGGCCUCUCGCCCCGAGGCCCCGGGUUCCACGGGCGCUUCGGGAGCCCCUCGCCGGGGGCGCAGACCCCGCGCAGGCCACAGAACGUCAGUCCCCGGUACUCGGCUCCGUACGGCGGCGCGUCCCCGGCCGGAGCGCCUCUGCACCCGCCGCCGCAGCACAGGCGCUCGCCCGGCGGCUUCCAGAGGCACUUCCAGGGAUCACCCAGGACAUCUACUCCAUUUGGUACAGCGCAUGGCAGAGAGAAAAGAGUGUCUAAUGAUGUGGAAAACUAUUACAGACCUUCAAUGCUUGAGGACCCAUGGGCUGGCCUAGAGCCAGUGUCUGUUACAGACAUAAACCAGCAAUACAGCAGUGAGCAAACAACAUGUACUGGUAAAAAAGGGAGGUAUUUCAGCUAACACUUUUAAAGGCCAAAUAAUUCCACCUUGUCAGGAAAACUUUGGGACAGAGUCUUUACACUUACACAAGACGAACAAUAAUCAAGACCUUUAGAUAAUACUUUUAUUUUGUCACAUGUCCACCCUUUUAUCCUACCUUUUUUUAUUGCAUUGGAUAUUUUAAUGUAUGGGAAGCAAAAGGAGUGGUAGGAAAACUUAUAUUUCUGGCUAUGUGGAAGUGCCUGCCAGCUCUGAAGAACAAAGUGUUCUUUAAUCACCAGCGACUGAUUUGUGACUGUUAAAAGAAGUUUCCAUAUACUUACCUCUCCCAUGCCAGAUUGUUAGCCUUCUAUUGUAAAGUCUUUUAGGAAGUGGUAUUUUUUAUGUUUCAGCAUUUUUAGAUUGAAAUAACUUGGAAAUAAAAUAAAGUUUUGUAAAUCCUUGUUUUGUAAUGUAUAAAAAUAUUUUAGGAGCUUUGUUAAGCUGAACACAUUAACACAGUAAUUGACAACACUGAAGUUAGAUGACUUCUGUAAGUGUGCUUGUAUGCUGUAGUUAACAUCUGGUUUUGUUUACAAUAAUUUUUUUUAAUUGCAGUGUAAUGUGAAGUUGAAACAUGACUUCCAGCCAUCUCAGGAAACAAAUGUAUUCGUUUUGGAAAGUUUAAUUUGUUGAACAAACUUGAGUCACAAACUUAAUUCUGGAAUUAUUUGUUUUUGUGUUUAAAAAUACAUAUAUUUGGAUCAAUAUUAGAAAUUUCUGGAUUAUAGUAACAAGUCUGUUCAUUGACAAUUUAAGUCUAAAGAACGCAUAAAACAUCAAGCUUAAGUAAAUGCAAAUAUUCUUUCUGGAUCCACCUGCUAGAAUAGUACAGAAUGAGUGACAGUUUUUGUUACACAGUCGACAUUAGUACAUGCAUAGCAUCUUUUUUUAAUCCAUUUUAUAUUUUUCAAUUAUUUUUUAUUUUUAUUUUUACUUAGAGCAGGCAUCAUUGCCAGGAGAGUUGUUUUGUGUGUGUAUAUGCUAUGUUUAUACUGAGGAGGAAAGGAAUGCUUUGGGUUUUUUUAGAGCUCGUCUUUACAUGGAAGAUCCAUGCUUAAAUCCAGGAGUGAAUAUCAUAAUCUACAAUAAAAAAGACAUAGUUCCAGCUACAGGCAUGUUCUUAACUUGCCAUGUUAAGCCUACAGUAGUUAGAUAAAUUUGUUGUUGAACGUACCAUUUGUUUGUUGAUCCUGGUUUUUAAACCAAGGUAGAAUGUAAAAACUUUGUUAAAUAAACCCAUUCAUUUAGUUUUCAAAAUACAUGUGUUCUUUUAAGCUUCUUAUGUACUUAAAACAUAUUUUUGUAGUCCUGAGGCACGAUUAGGUAGGAAAGCACAGGAAAUCCCAUUAAACUGGUCUUAGUAACUUGUCUUUGGCUGAGGUAGAAUAGUCCUCUGUACUCUUUAUCUGUUUCAGCAUAAGAUGUGUUAGGUUAAUACUGCCUUCAGGAACAACUUCAAACUGUAAGGGGACCUUAAUAUGUUCAAAUGUUCUGAGUCUCUUGCGCUCUUAGGACCGCAAUCUAAAGUGUGUCACUUGUGUCUUCCCCCGGUUCACUCUAUUAUUUUAGUAUUAAAUCCAAAAAGGCUGCCUCAAGAACUGAGAACAUAAUGCCUGCUGGGUAUCAAGAAUGGUUAAGUCUUCAUCCCAGAAUCAAAAAAUGGUGCCUUAAAUGGCAGCUAUCGGUAUUGUUAUCUUUAAUAGGUACCAGUUAAACUGAGAUGAUUUGACAAGUUGUAGAAUUUAUACAUAAGUUAAUCAACAUCAUUGUGAAGGUUGAAGUGUAAAUUUUUCUUUCCUUUUUUGUGUUUUAAACCUUGUCAGGUGCUGUUAAGCUCACAGAAAAAAAAAAGUUGCAAUGUGCUUAAUCAAGUGCUCUGUUUCGUUGCUGUUUCCCAUGUAAUAGAAAUGCAAUUUAUUUUUUGCAAUAUGUGGUGAUCUUGGAGAAACAAAUAUGAUUUUAUUUAAGAGAGUGAAUCUAUGAUGUGUUCUCAGUUAGAUGUGAUGAGAGUCUGGGUUUGGAAGGGAGAAAGGAAAGGUAAGGGAUUUCUGAGAGAAAAGAGACUGUUAGAGGUGGGACUUCUUACAGAGUAGCCAGUAUGAGCUGCCCUUGCACAUUGCAAAGAUGCAUUUUUCUAUUUUGGCAUUGCAGUUGACCCAGGCAUCAAAGCCAGAUUCCUCUGAUAAUAACUCUUAACUCCUGGAACCAGGUGUCGGACAUCAGUGAAGGUAAAUGUUCCAGAAAGAGAACUGAGGAAAUAAUUAUGAAAUGCUGUUUAGUCCAUGCAGACCUUCCACUAUGUCAUCUGUUAAAUUGCUGCUUCAGUGCACUUCAGGAUAUGACUCAACAAUUUUAAGUACAUCAUACUGCUAAAGGCUGCAGUCAUUUGGUCAAGAAUCAGCACCAAAAACUUUAAAAUUAUUUACCUUUCUGGCUUCUGGGAGAAAUUCUGUAAUUACAGUAAAAUUUAAAUAUGUCAUUGUUGGAGAGCUGUAAAAUGCAUGAACAUGUGUUCAGAACUAUAAAUAUAAUGUUCUUAAAGUCAA